CUUCUUUUCCCUCCUCCCCGGCUCUGCUCGCUUCCUUCCCCCGCGCCGCGCUCCGGGGAGGAGGCAGGAAGGGAGGCGGCGGGGAUGGAGCAGCCCCCCGCCGGGAUGCGUUAGCUCCCCGGGACCCCCCGGCCCGCCUGGUCCCCGCCGGGACGCGGUAACGCUGAUACUCCCCAGCAUCUCUCUGCAAUGGCUUCAGGGAACGACGGUGACCCACUGGGGGCCCACGGGCGUCGGGAAAGCCACAGGCGCAGGUCGCAAGAGCUCAACUCAGAAGACCGAGUGGCGGAGGAGACGGAGGAGGUGUUUCGGAGCUAUGCCUUCUACCGCUACCAACAGGAGAGGGAGGAGAGAGGGGAGGAGGUGCCCAUGGACCCAGAGAUUGUGGAGAUCCAGCAGGAGCUGGGCAGCACCGGGAGCCUGGUGGGAAGGCGCCUGGCCAUCAUCGGUGAUGACAUCAACGAGCGGUACGACGCGGAGUUUCGCUACAUGCUGAAAUCCUUGCAGCCCACCAAGGAGAACGCCUACGAGUACUUCACCAGAAUAGCCUCCAGCUUGUUUGAGAGCGGCAUUAACUGGGGCCGGGUGAUCGCGCUGCUGGGUUUCGGCUACCGCAUGGCCAUCCAUGUCUACCAGCAAGGCAUAACGGGUUUCCUCCGCCGGAUCGCCCGCUACGUGGUGGAGUUCAUGCUCCGGAACCGCAUCGCCCAGUGGAUCGCCCAGCAGGGAGGAUGGGUGGCUGCACUCGAGCUGGACAAUGUUUACAUGAAGUACAUGCUGGUGGUGGUGGCCCUGGUCAUGGUGGGGCAUUUAGUGGUACGACGCUUCUUCAGGCCCUAACUAAGGUGGGGGCAGAGGCUGGGGGGGGUCCGGCCAAGCUCGCUCUCACAUCUCUGCUCUGCAUUGACGUCUCCUGAGAGAAGGGGGAUUCAAGGAACCUCUGAGAGAGAGAGCGGCUUGGACCUGCGACCCUCCCACCGCAAAGCCCAGGGUCUCUGCCAUCUACACUGACACCACCGGGAGCUAUGGAGAGAAGCGGGGGGGGGGAGGGGGAAGGUUCAACUUUGUUGUCUGUUUUAUGCCUUGCUGGCUGCCGAGGACAGAGCAUCGCUGUGACUCCUGGCAUGCAGGAGCAAGGCAGAACGGGCUCCUCUGGAGUCAAGACUCUGGGGGAACAAGGACAUUGUGGUAACAUACGCCUGUGUGUGCGUGUGCAAGCGCGUGGGGCUUGUCCGUUCCUCGGGGCUGGUGCACAGCUCCCACGUGCCGACAGCUCCAGCCCAGCCCAUGCCUGCAUUUGGAGAGGGAUUGCAGCCUUGGUUGCUGCAAUCGUUGUCUGUACGUCACUGGAGGGGCAAGCCAGCAUUAAUUAGCCCGUGUGGGGCUUGCUUUCACCUUCCCUCUCUUCCUGAGCCCAAGUACGUGAGCCCUCUCUUUCCUUUUAACAAGCAUCCCUUCCCCUUUUUAAAGAAACACGCCAACUACCUGUCCUCUGACAAUCGAUGGGCCCCCUGGCAGCGCUGGUUUGCCCUGCCACAGCCCAAGCCUGGAGACCUGCAGCUCUCCCGUGGCUGAUGCAGGUGCUGGGCUGCAGCCUCCCAGCCCCGCCCCCCCCCCCCAAGAGACCUAGGAAGCACCAGCAGGUUGCCAAACACUAAAAAGUUUUGGGGUGACUAACGGUGGGUGUAGGCAGCCUGCCUGCCCUCCCUCCGGUUCUGCUGGGGGCUUCCAUUCAGUAGACCUGGAUGCUGGCAAGCGAGCAGCCCAGUUGUGACCAGUUGGUCUCCCUUGCUCUUAGGGGGAGGCACUGGAGUCGCAUCCCAUCCCUGCAUCAGCUCUUUGUCCUCUGAGCUCAGCUGGGCAGGAUGGUGCAGGCAUGCCCUGGCUGAGCUCAGGGGUGCAGUGUUUGACCGCUGCCGGGACAGCAGGACCCAGCCUCUUCUGGGCACAGUGUCUUUGGGACGUGACUUGACCUUGUUCCGUUCACAAUUAACGCUUGAGCAUGAUUUUGGGGGGAGGGAGGGAAGCAGGCUCCACUCUCCCAUCUUUCUGGCUUUUGCAAAAUAGGGAGAGCAUCUCGGCGUGGACCGCACAGUUUAGCUCCGUUCUUCUUAACUCCAGGUGACUCUGUAAGGCUUGAAACUGUGACUGGCCCUGUCUGAGCCAAACUUGCCCUAUUCCAGCAUCACCCGGCUCCUAGAGCAGGUCAGCCAGCUGGGGGAGGGGACCAGAGGGACCUCGGGGAUAAGAAAUGAGCGGUGGUUCCAUGUCUGGGCUCCUCUCCUAAUGCAGACAGCCCUCCUGGGCUGGAGACCAGCACCAUGGGAGUCGCAGCUCCGUAGCCCUGAGCCCUCCGGAGCCUUCCCACCGUGGCUGGAGCAGAGAACUUGCCGGCAUCGCUAUCGCAGGACGGGCUGAGCCACCGCGACAGACGGUGCUCCCGCUCCUCUAUGGCACGGGGGUGGCCAAAGGGGGACAGAGCCACCCUGCCUGGUGUCACCCUGAGAGCCCGGGGGGAGGGUCAGAGAGAUCUCCAGGGCAGCCCCUCCGCCCCCUGUAACAGAGGCAUUCCUGACAGACAGCUGUCUAACCUGUUUUUAAAACCCUCCAGUAUUGCCUCCCCGUAUCGCUCGUUCCUACCUUGAUCUUUACCUUCAGAUGGAUUUUUUUUUUUCUUCUCCUCAAUGCCCGUCCCUUGCUGCAGUUUAGGGUUGUUCCUGCACGUCCUGUGCGAGGCACAGGGACAGGACACCUUGCAUCCUUGCAUCCUUGCAUCCUUUCUCCUCGCAGCUGCAGAGGCUUAGCAGGACCAGCCAUAAUUUAGUAACACUUAACGUCCCUCCUGUUCCUGCUGCUUUUAACGUAAGAAUAGCAAACUUUUCAGCCUGUUCCCAUAUCGUGGUCUCUCUGUGCUUAGCAUUUUGACCCUGCCUGUUUCUGCAGCAUCCCUUUCCCUGGUGGAGUGCCCUGGCCUGUGCUUAAUAGAAAGGCAUUAAAAUAUUUGCUGUAAUAUUCCUCUUCUAUAUAGCUCUGGUUUGGUUGCUUUAUUUGUUGUAGCUGUUCUGAGCAGCACAAACCUCCCGUGGAUUGUCUGUGCUCAGGUUUUGCGGCUGUGCUGACUCUCUCGGAGCAGCUGAACGCCUGCCUAGCUCAUUUGUCCCCUUGCAAAUGUAUUUCUUGGCAUUUAUCCACACACAACUUCAUUGACCAUCACCUGUUUACCCAUCUUGAGCAGAUCUUGAGAUUCCCUCAAGAUCUCAAGACUCUUCUCUGGUGUGAGCACCAGUUUAGCCACCUUAGCAUCAUCUGCAGUGGCCCAUCCCCACUCCUUACCUUCUUUUCUGGGUGAAAACACCACCAGAUGGAGCCUUUUUGCCACGAUGAAAAUGAACUGUUAAUUGUUCUUCUUUUCUUUUAAUCAGCCACAUUAUUGGCACCUCACCGUCCUCUAAGCUGGUUCUCUGGUUUGGCUGUGUCUCCAGCAGGACUUUUUCAGAGGACCUUGGAAAGAAAACAAUAGAUCAGCUUUUAUCCACUACUUUACCGACAGACUCCAAGAACUCUAACAGAUUGGAGAGAACUUUUGCUUGUACAAAAAGCCAUGCUGUUUGUAAUUUAUUCUCAUCUUCCAGAUAAAGCGUUUCACCUUGCAAUCCAAAUCCAGCCGUAAGGCCAGCAGACUUUAAAGAACAUUUUUCAGCUUUAGGGUAGAUGCUCAAGCCUUAGCAAAGUCUGUGAUACCAGGACAGAGAAGAGAACUUUUAAAAAUAGGUGCUGUAGCAAAGGAAAGUUUCCAUUUUAUCCGUUUUCUCAGGGGAUUUGCAGGGAGGAUCAUCUCAGGAUAUCAGUAUAUUGUCUCCCCCUGCUCUCACCUCUCCCAGCCUUCCUGAUGAUGGUGACCAAGUGGAAAAAGGCUUGAACUGGGACUGUGAAUGGGUGACUGGUCUGUAGUACUGUGUCCUGUCACUGGAUGGCAACAGCACUGCGGGCACAGCCACCGGGGUGCUGGCUCCGAGGGCAGAGAGGGGCUGAGCUCCCACCCAAGGGGACACAAAUCCCCUUCCCCAUCCCCCUCUUUGGCCGGGUGACCUCGCUAUCCAUCCAUCAGCUGUGGUCCGCGCACCCGGAGUGAUGGGUGCGCACCGUGCCUGCCCUAUAGCAAAGGCAGGCAUCACUGGUUUGUACUGGAGUGCUGUCGGGGAGUGCUUUAGAGCAGCAAGAAGAGGCAGACCCAAGAGGAGAAGGCUUGGCCCUCCCCAGAAGCUGGUGCUCUCGGCAGGGUCGGUGGGCCCUCGGGGGAGCCGCAGCCGGUAUCUACCUCGAAGCCCCACUUGGCAGAGCUUGGGCAGGGGGCGGACAGGGUACCACGGGCUACCCUGGCCGUGUGCAUAAGGCUGUUGCUCUGGGACUGGCAGUGCCAGAAGCCAUUUCUACAAAAAAAAAAAAAGAAAAAAAAGUACGUUUUUGCUAUAGAAGCAAGAGCUCUGAAUAAAACUACAAUCUUAGAAUCAGCCCAGGCUUCCCUUACGGGGCUGAAUCAGCCACUUGACUCUGCAGGGAUAAAGCCCUGCGUGACUACAAUAUUUUUAACCAGUGUAAAUGUCAUUUAACCCCCAUCCCAGUCACAUAUUGUGCCUCGUAUGAAAGCAAGCCCUUGUGAUGCACUGGAUAGCAGGCUCUCCCUGCUGCCACCUUCCUCACUACCGUGAUGCUACUCGGGCACCAUGUGCCAGGGGCUUUAGCUUCUUCCCCUGGCGAGCAAGGGAAACAGGUGGGAAGCCCUCAACUGGAAAUUGAAGGUGGAAGAUGAGGAGAAGUUUCCGCUAUGGCUGUUCCCAUGGAGAGGAUUGUUCACGGAAUCAUUUGGGUUAGAAGGGAAGUCUCACCCCCACUCAAAGCAAGGCUACCUAAAUCACUGCAGGGUUUGGUGGGUGGCUGCUGGGCAAGCUGGUUGUUUUCCCAGUAUCAGAGACCCAAGCUGGGGCUGCAACUGGGAAAGGACUGGCUCUCCGAUGCCUACAGCUUAGCACACCCACGGGUACCAGUGCCUGCCUGGUCCGCUCCUAGAGUGGAAAGGAAGAGGGACCAAAGAAAAAUUUCUGCCAUUUCCUUUCUCCACCCAGCCCCGCGAUGGCUUCAGCAUCACGGUGCCCAGAGAAGGCUGAGGUACACCCCAGAAGCAGCAAAGUGGGGUGCAGGCUGUCCAGUCCGCAGGGCUGGAGGAACCGUGCAUGGAUACACGGCAGGGCAGGCGGUCACAGCCUCUGGGGGGGCACCGUGGUUCCUCCCCCGGCGUGGCAAGGGGUGCGGGAAGGGACAGGUACAUUUGGUGAGGAUCUCGUGGUGCAAGAGGCUGCCCCAGGAGAGGUGCUAAGGGAGCACAGCGCAGGGAAUUGUCCAGACAGAAAACUUGGUUCAAGCAGAAGCAUCUGUGUUCGGGAGGGUCGGCAGGAGAAAUUAAUCCGGGAGGUUAUAACGGGUGCGUUGAAAAGGGGUGAGAGCCUGAAGGAAAAUCUCCUUUACUGAGCCUGUUCCUUCUGGAUGGAGGAACCUGCCCGAGUUAUUGCGCUGUCAGAACCACCUCUCCCUGGGACCCAGCCCCGAGCCAUCCCAGCUGAACGUCGGGUGCUGGGGGGUGGCAGGGGCCAGCGCUGCCCCAGAGGAACUGGUCCCUUCACAGUCUGGACUGGUAGCAGCCUGCUCUGUGCGAUGGGUUUUACACAUAUACUUGAAACCACACUAGAAAUUCUGGUUCUUCCUUGCCUUUUUCACAGUAUCGAAAAGUAUGUAUUUCACACAGCUCCUUCCCCAGCUCCUCUCUCCACCCCUCCAGGAAGCCCCAGGUCUCUCCCAGCACUGCAGGAAGGGGACGGGGUAUAUGAUGAAGCAAUAAAGAUGCUUUGCACUGACUCUGGAGGAGGGGGAGAUGACUGGUAAAGACCUUUUCUUUCCAGGGGGUGGGGAGGAGAGGAAGACCGCAGGCUGUCCCCGCAGCAGCAGGGAGAUGGGGAACAAGCUCUGCCUGCAGACCAGCCUUUCCCCAGGGCAGGUCAUUUGAAAUGGCAGGCAGAGGGGCUGUGUGAAACACUGCGGGUUGCUUUUACCUGAAAAAAAAAAAAUAAAAA